UGGCUGCUUUGCUUGUCCCUGCCCGGGAGCAGCUGGCAGGCUUGUUAUCGUCGGGUAGCGUGGAAGCGCUGGGGCUGUGGGAGCCGCGGCAGGUGUGAAUAUCGGGCCCCACCCUUGUCUUUAGGGGGAGGGUCCCCCUCUGCCUGCAGGGCUAGCCCAGCCUGGCGGGGUCUCCCUGGGAGUGGAGCGAGGAGCCGCCUGAGAAAGUCUCACCUCCAGGGGCCUUCUGGCAACCACAAGGCAAAAUACAAAGGGCAGACGCUGGUGCCAGGGGUCGGAUCCCAUGGCACAACUCAGGGCAGCCCCAGAGCUGCUCCUCUGGGAUCCUGCCUGGCCAGACACAGAGGGAGGGAGCCAGACCCGCUAACAGAUGAGCAGGCUCUCCGGGGAGACACCCCCUGCAGAGGCACCUGCCCCUCCUCAGGGGUGGGUCUGCAGCAGCAGGAAGAGGUGUUUGGUCUGGAGGUGCUCCUCGUGCAUCAGUGUAAAUUCAGGGGACCCACAGUCCUAUCCCCCUUCCCCGCUCCGGGUUGGUCCCAGUCCUUGGGAAUUCCAUGCAUUGGGGCAUGGUGCCAGGACUAGGGGCUUGUUAGCCUGACUAGCCUGUGUGAAAGAGGCUAAUAUAAAAUGAAGCAGAAGCCUGCACUUAGGUCAAAAUGCCCCCCACAGCCCUGCCGUCCCUGGGAGCUUGGCCGGACCCAGGCGCCAAGCUGGGAUCAUCGUUAUUCUAACAUACGCUGUGCCGGUGACGUUCGAGGACGUGGCGGUCUAUUUCUCCCCGGAGGAGUGGGCGGCGUUAGCAGAAUGGCAGAGGGAGCUGUACCGGGACGUGAUGAUGGAGAAUUACGAGCUGGUGGCAUCUUUGGGCUCCGUGGGCCCCAAGCCCAAGGCAUCAGCUAGAAAAGCAAAGCGAGAGAAGGCGCCAUAUGUCUGGGACCACCAGUACUCGAGAGCGAAAAUCCUGAUGCUUCCAGCACAGGGGAACGACACCCCUAACCAGGAGCCGGCGACCUUCGAGGAGGUGGCGGUCUAUCUCACCACCGAGGAGUGGAAGGAGCUGAAGGACUGGCAGCGGGAGCUGUAUCAGGACGUGAUGAAGGAGAAUUAUGAGCUGGUCACGUCUGUGGGAGGCACCGUGGUGAAACCGGAGAUUGUCUCUAGGCUAGAGCGUGGGGAAGAGCCAUACAACCCCAGAGAGACACAUGUUCCUGGUCCCCACGUCAUGGGUGGUGGGACCCGGGGGACUGAUGAGGAGGGGAUGCGUCGUGAGGAAGAGCCGGCAGAGCUGGACCCGAGCGAGACGCUAACGGAGCGAGACGCAGCGAGAGUUUCCCUGGGCUCGGCCGGGACCGGAGCCAGCGCGAGGCCUGGGGGGAACGGACACGAUGAACCCCCGUGGGGUGAGAGGCGGGUCAGGGACUCCCCAGCCAGCGCUGAGCCCCAGAGCAACGGGGCCCCAGAAAGACUCCGCCCAGCGCCCGAGAGUCAGGGGGGCAGCCUGGGGACGGGAGCCGUGACUGUAACCCCCAGCACAGCGGGGCCGUGUGGGGGGAGCCCUGGGCAGCGGGGGAAGCCAACAGAGGAGCACGCCGCCCCCGGGGGCGGGAGGCCCUACAAGUGUGGGGAGUGUGGGAAGGGCUUUGGCAGCCAGGCCUCCCUAGCCAAGCACGGGUGGCAGCAUGCCGGGGCGGGCGCCUUUCCCUGCAGCCAGUGCGGCAAAGCCUUCAGCAGCAAGGGCAACCUCCUGCGGCACCUUACGCUGCACAGCGGGGAGAAGCCCUUCGGCUGCGCCGAAUGCGGGCGCCGCUUCCGCACCAAGCAGGCCUCCCUGUCGCACCGGCGCGUGCACAGCGGGGAGAAGCCCUUCGCCUGCCGCCAGUGCGGGCGGAGCUUCACGCGCAAGGAGAACCUCCUGCGCCACCAGGAGACCCACGUGCACAGAGAGCCCCAGGCUUGCCCCGAGUGCGGCAAGAGCUUCCUGCACGCGGGCUCACUGCUCCUGCACCGCCGCGCCCACGCCGGGCCCGGCCCUUCCCCUGCGCCCACUGUGGCAAGAGCUUCAACUGGAAGACGAACCUCACCGCCCACCUGCGCAGCCAUGCCGAGGAGCAGCCCUCCGCCGGCCGCCAGCGCGGCCAGGCUUCCAGCGACCGCGGAGAUCUGCUGCGGCACCAGAGGGCCCACGCGGGCGGCGGGCUGCCGACGGGCUACGGCCACGGGGCGACCUUCAGCGAGUUCCUCCAGAUCCACGAGAUGCUGAUCUCCCGCACGCAUGCCCGCAAGCCCCUGGGCGCCCUCACCAAGUACAAAUGAAACCUGGCUGCAGGGCCUGGGCAGCUCUGCCAGCGCGGGGCAGGGGAGGACGCCCAGCCCCGUCUCCCAGCACGUGGCCGGGUAGAGGACCCUGCCAAUGCAGGUACGCCAGCGGGGUUACGGCCCGGCCAGGGAGCGCAGCCCUGGUGCGGGGAGUGCUCUCCGGAGCUCUGGCUCCUCGCUGCAGGCUCUUCCCCCAGGAUUUUUCCUUUGGAUGGUGGCUGGUUCCCAUCCAGCGCGUUCCAGCUGCUGCUGCCAGCUGUGGGGUGGCUGCUGCCCCCUGGGGUGCACUGGUGCCAUUGUUUAGGCCCCGACGGCUGGUGAUGAAGUCCUGCAGCACGUUCACAGUCAGGGCUGCUCUCCGAGCUCUGAUGUUGCCGCCCCUUGCAGGAGAGGCUGCUCGGACGUGUCCCGAUAGCCAAUAGCUAGCAGAGAAGAGCAGGGCCUAGGAGAAAUCUUCCGGGUCAGCCCCAGGUAGCACGCGUGGCUCCGGUGCGCUGGCCAAGGGGGCCCGAGUGGCAGAUCUCGCUGCAGCAAGGCCCACGUCCGGGAGAAAAGGCAGCAUCGCAGAGGAGGCGCAGACUGCAGCUUGCUCACUCCAGGGAGAGGUUUCAGGGGAGUGCAUGGUGACAGCAGGCUGGGUUAGCCUGGGGCUGGAGAACCAGAGAGUCUGUCCAGCAGCCUCAGUCCGGAGUCUCCGCAGUACGUGGGCUGCCGAGAGCAGCCUGGCUCACUGGUAAAGGGCCUGUAGCCGCACUGGUGAAGCCUGGCUAGAGGCGCCGUUGACCAGUCUCAGGUCUCGUUAAUCAGCCAGGAUCGACUCACCGGUGGGUGCCUGUGAAUCCCAGCUGCCCGCUGGGAUGUCUUAGCCGCAUUGCUAGCCUUGCCCAUCCAGCCUAAGGUCCCACCAUUCCGAUUACCCUCUUGCCUUGUAUAGAGCCAUCGAAAUGCUGGGCUGGAAGGGACCUCAAGAGGUCCCUGAGUCCAGACCCCGGCGCUGAGGCAGGACCAAGAAAACCCAGCCUGGUCCUGACAGGUGUUUGUCCAACGGGUUCUUAAAAAUCUCCAGUGAUGGGGACUCCAUGACCUCCCUGGGUGGGAGCCUGUGCCAGAGCUUUGCUGCUCUGGGAGUUUCUGCUACUAUCUAACCAAAAUCACCCUCCUGUUCCCCACUUCCCUUUGAAGCUGGCUUUAUCUGCAGCUCUCUCGGCCUGGCUAGAGCCUGAGCCAUUGUUGGCUCCCCUCUGAAGUCGGGGAACACCACGUUUCGCAGGGUCUCGCUGUGUGCCCCUCUGGGCUGGUUUGGCGGCUCCAAGGAUGCUGGAGUUCCAGUGGGCGAGGAGGGAGGGCCGAGGCGUGUUCUCAGCACGAACGGGGUCCUGUUUAAAGAACAUUUUCUUGACUAGGCCUAAAUCACCAGCUCGGGUGAGGAACGUGCCACCUUCACGCAGGCUGACCGAGCAGUGUAUGCAGUGAAAUUCUCCGCGCGGUGCGGAAAUACACCCUCUCCCGCUGUCAGACCAAGUGUCCAAUAAACCAGUCCAGUUGUCGCUCGCUGCC